AUGGAAUAAUAGAUGUUACAAUCUACUUAAGGAAGGGAUGAACUUAGGUUUAUCAGUCUCUCUUUGAUGUUAAACCUUAGAAACUAUGAAUUAGGAGACUUUGUAGUUUACUAAUUAGAAAGAAUGUUUGUUUUCAAUUAUCUCAAAGUGCUUCAAGCAUUACUUUACAAUGAUAGACACGGUUUUACAAGGAAUAUUUUAGUUCAUUUAAGGAUUUCUGAUGGUAAAUUUCCAUUUAAUCAAAUUGAUCAUAAAAUUAAUAGUUUCCAUCUACUAAAUUAACAGUGUGUUAAUCAUCUUCAAGAGAAUGUUCCUUUUCGGAGCAGAUAAAUAAAGAAGUGUAUUAUUUUAGAUGUGAAUCUAAUUAGAGAAGGUAUUAAUUUCUCAUUAUUAAUUUUAUGAAACAUAUAUUAGGUUUAUUUUAUUGUAUAUUAUAUGGUGGAUGCUCGUUUUGUUUUUCUCUAAGUGUGAAAUACUUAUGGAUUAAGUUUCAAUUCAGGAUGACAUUCAUGGUAACAGUGCUUUAUUUAUUUAGAGUUAUUGUUGUACGAGAAUAUUCUUACAGCUAUAAUUUGUCUGUUUAUGGGAAAGAGGAAUCACUCGUCGAAAGAUACAUUGUUGUAUUCGUUCAUUUAUUCCUUGCAAACCUUCUCAGGGAUGAAGGGAUUGCAAAUAAUGAACAUCUCAAUGUACAUGACAUUGCGAAGGACUCUGAUUUUAUUUGUGUUCAUGAUGCAGAAGAGUUGGAAGAUUUCCAAUUUUAUGUCCGUGAUCUUCAUAACUUUGGGAGCCAUUAUUGCAGGUACAUGAUUGAGUGUGAUAUGAUUAAGGUCAGGAACAUUUGGAUGAGAACUAUUUAGGUUACGGACUUAUUCUCAUGAAUAACGUAUUCAAUGCUCUUGCAUUGCACAAAUCGAAACAAUUAAAUUAUGAGAAAUAAAUAGAUCCUCUGGAAUUGCUCUUCUAGAAUUCUUGUAAUCAAAUUCCCUUUCUAUUUAUUGGCGCUUAUGCAAGCUAGGAAUUACAUGACUUCAUGACUACAACCUACAUGAGUGAGUAAUUCCUCAUAGCAUUCACAUUGGUUGCAUUGAUGGGGUUCAUGUUGUGCUACUCCACCAACUUGUGCAAUAUGUACAACUCCCCCAUUGCCAUUGCGAUCACUCACAACAUCAAGGACAUUUUGAUCACUUCCUACUCCUUCUUCUUCUUGAAGGAAGAGUACGACUUUCAAAUUCUUGCAGGCAUUAUCAUUAGUUAUCUGGGAUCAAUUUUGUAUUCUAUUUAAAAAGUAAAAGAAAUAAAAUCCUCAUUAUAUUUACCACUCUCUUCAAACGACAAAGACCAAAAACAAGAUUGAUU